GUGACGCAGCGAGCGGCCCGCGCUGCCAGGCCGGGGGCGGGCGGAGGGCGGGUGCCGGGCGCGCGGCUGAUGAAACCGGCGCCGGAGCUUGCCCGCCCUCGCGCUCCAUUCAGUCGGCGCGGGCAGGUGUGAGCAGCCGGUCAACUGCCGGGCGGGGCACGCGGCCAGCCGGCAUCCGCUAACCGCAGCGCGCACUCCCGCCCCGGCCCCCGCGCCGCGCCUCCGGCCCAGCGUCCGUCAGCCCAGCCGCCUGCGCGUCCGUCCGUCCAGUCUUGCCGGCAUCCUGCCGCCCGACGGCUCGGCGUUAAGAGGAGCAUCGCACGGGUGGAACUCUGCGUUCAGGCCUGUGCAUAAUCGCGCUGCUUUAUAGCGCCCAUCGCCUUGGCAGAGAGGGAAGAUCCAUCAGCUCAGGGGACGUGUCUUGAUAGUUCAGCAAAGCAGCCAGGAGCCUGAAGCCCCUGUCCCAUCUCUCCUGAGACGUCUGUGCUCCAAGACCCAGGUGAUCCUUGGUGACGAGGUGACGAGUCCUCCCAUCGUAUUCCAGUCAUUCCCCAAACGGUACAGACUCAAGCCCAGAGGAGUGUCUGGGGACGUGGCCAGGGAGAGCGAAGACUACAGCUGCCUGUUACAAAUCCGUUACCCUUGGCUGUGUUUCUAGAUUUGAACAGCAAAAUGGGGUGCAAAGUGCUACUCAAAAUCGGGCAUCAGAUGCUGCGGCGGAAGGUUGUGGACUGCAGCCGGGAGGAGAGCCGGCUGUCCCGCUGCCUGAACACUUUUGACCUGGUGGCCCUGGGGGUGGGUAGCACGCUGGGUGCCGGCGUCUAUGUCCUGGCCGGAGCUGUGGCCCGUGAGGACGCGGGCCCUGCCAUUGUCAUCUCCUUCCUGAUCGCGGCGCUGGCCUCGGUGUUGGCCGGCCUUUGCUACGGCGAGUUUGGUGCUCGGGUCCCCAAGACAGGCUCUGCCUACCUCUACAGCUACGUCACUGUCGGGGAGCUCUGGGCCUUCAUCACCGGUUGGAACUUAAUCCUCUCCUACAUCAUCGGUACUUCAAGUGUAGCGCGAGCCUGGAGUGCAACGUUUGACGAGCUGAUUGGCAAACCCAUCGGGGAGUUCUCGCGGACGCACAUGGCUCUCAAUGCCCCUGGAGUGCUGGCUGAAAACCCAGACAUCUUUGCCGUGAUUAUAAUUCUUAUCUUAACAGGGCUUUUAACUCUUGGUGUGAAAGAGUCAGCCAUGGUCAACAAAAUAUUCACUUGUAUCAACGUUCUGGUCCUGGGCUUCAUAAUGGUGUCAGGAUUUGUGAAAGGAUCAAUUAAAAACUGGCAGCUCAGCGAGGAGGAUUUCCGGAACACGUCCGGUCAUCUCUGCUUGAACAAUGGCACAAAAGAAGGGAAACCUGGUGUUGGUGGAUUCAUGCCCUUUGGAAUCCCUGGUGUCCUGUCGGGGGCAGCGACCUGCUUCUAUGCCUUUGUGGGCUUUGACUGCAUCGCCACCACAGGUGAAGAAGUCAAGAACCCCCAGAAGGCGAUCCCUGUGGGGAUCGUCGCGUCCCUCCUGAUUUGCUUCAUCGCUUACUUCGGGGUGUCGGCCGCCCUCACACUCAUGAUGCCAUACUUGUGCCUGGACAAAGACAGCCCCCUGCCGGACGCCUUCAAGCAUGUGGGCUGGGAAGGUGCCAAGUACGCGGUGGCCGUCGGCUCCCUCUGUGCUCUUUCCACCAGUCUUUUAGGUUCUAUGUUUCCCAUGCCUCGAGUUAUCUAUGCCAUGGCCGAAGAUGGACUGCUUUUCAAAUUUUUGGCCAGAAUCAGUGAGAGGACCAAAACACCAAUAAUCGCCACCUUAACCUCAGGUGCCAUUGCUGCUGUGAUGGCCUUCCUCUUUGACCUGAAGGACUUGGUGGACCUCAUGUCCAUCGGCACUCUCCUGGCUUACUCUUUGGUGGCUGCCUGUGUGUUGGUCUUACGGUAUCAGCCAGAGCAACCUAACAUGGUGUACCAGAUGGCCAGAACUAGUGAUGAGCUGGAUCAGGCAGACCAGAAUGAGCUGGUGAGCACCAGCGAUUCCCAGACAGGCUUUUUACCAGAAGCAGAAAGGUUUUCUUUGAAAACCAUACUCUCACCCAAAAACAUGGAACCUUCCAAAUCCUCUGGGCUAAUUGUGAACAUUUCCACCAGCCUCAUAGCGAUGCUCAUCAUCACCUUCUGCAUCGUGGCCGUGCUGGGAAAGGAGGCUCUGACCGAAGGGAAGUUGUGGGCAAUCUUCGUGCUCACGGGAUCUGCCCUCCUCUGUUUACUGGUCACGGUCAUCGUCUGGAGGCAGCCUGAGAGCAAGACCAAGCUCUCAUUUAAGGUGCCGUUCCUGCCGGUACUCCCCGUCCUGAGCAUCUUUGUGAACAUCUAUCUCAUGAUGCAGUUGGACCAAGGCACGUGGGUCCGGUUUGCAGUGUGGAUGCUGAUAGGCUUCGCCAUCUACUUUGGCUACGGUUUGUGGCACAGUGAGGAGGCGUCCCUGGGCGCUGACCAGGCAAGGACUCCUGAUGGCAAUUUGGACCACUGCAAGUGACACACGGCCCCGCCCCCCCGAGGUGGCAGCAGCCCUGAGGGACGCCCUCGGAGGACCCGGAAGCACCUUGCUCUUUCCACCAAUGCGUCAGGACCCACUCACAUCCAGAGAGCCCCAGUGCAGCGAAAGGUGCAACUACUUGAACUGCAACCUCAGCCCGCAGCUCACGGGUCCUGCCCAGACCUGCUCUGCGGUGGGCGCACUGGGCCCCGCUCACCUCCUACAGCUUCCUGGCCAGGGCUCCUUGGCUGUGGCUGGCCACUGUGUCUCCUAACCUCCCUCUGAACAAAGAACGUAGCUCCUCUCCUCACCAGCUCAGUGCCCGUGCUGCUGCGGCCUCAGACAGAACGGAGGCCGCCUUCUCCCGUUACCUCGGGAAUCCAGGCCUCCUCCCCAGGGACUGUGCCGGUGUUGGAAAUGUUGCAUACUCCAAACUUUGAAUAGCCAUCUCCCCACUCAGCCCUAGACAGCCGGCCGUAGAUGCAAGAUGAGUGCCACCAAGCAGGCUGUCCCCAGCAGUCCCCCACCACAGCCAAAGGACAGCUGUUUACUUAAAAAGGAAAAACAAGACUGGUUUCCUUCUCUCCCUUCUGUCCUCUGAGUUGCUUCCAGAAGGGGUCAUUAGGACUGUGACCCCUCCCUUCACUUUCCCUCCCAGGUAGGGGCUUUGCUCGGACACUGUGACAGACGCCAGCACCCCAGCACACUCGGGCAGCAGGCCUGAGGGCAGGGGGUUCCGUCACAGACUAGAAGAGGGGAGCACUAUGUGGGAGCAAGGCGGAGGGGCUGGGAGGGCGGGCUCCCCUGCGCUGUGCACCGAUCCGGGGCCUUCCGCAGCUGCACUCCCUCCAGGCCUGGGCCGUUCCUACUGCUUCUGGCAUCUCUCUCUGCCAGCUGCGCAUCCUGAGUAACUGGAACCUGACAACUGUAUUUGUGUAAGACCCGCCUCAGAUUAGCAGAGCUUACAACACCAUUUCUUGCAAGUCUUUGCCAUUCGCCAGAUCCUGCCCUCUGAUGCUAGUGGGUCCAUUUCCUGGGUCUUGUAAGGUUCUCCAGGCAGGUGUCCGCUCGUUCUGAGGGGUCGGUGGCCAGUGCUCCCUGCCACUUCUGACCCCUGACGUGGUCUGUUUGGCCCCCCUCUUAGGUAUAAUUCAAUCGAGUCCUCCUGUUAGUUGCUGUGAAUCACUCCCCCAAAUUAAGUUGACACUUAAUGUUGACUUGGAAAACGACCAAAUAAUUACCCGAUGCCAUAGGUGUACUGUUCAGGGUACGGGGUCCACACGUGAGACAGUUGGGGUCAUAUUGCUGUCCCUCUUAUGUAUCUGUUGUCCAAAUGCCGUGGGUUUGUAACCCUGCCCUGGGCCUCCUGCCUCUGUAAGUCAGAGAGCCGUGGGGCCCAUUUGGUGUCCCCAUACACAGGGCACGCUCCCCUCCCGGGGCACUGGAGGACUCAUGCUGGGUUACACACUCCUUGUAGACGGAAGCCAGAGGAAGCCUUCCAGUUAGUGGGAUGGAGGAGUCAGGGCCCUGCGCUGAUGGGAGGGGCCAGGCACUUGGGACACCACAGAAAAUGUAAUGCUGCUUUCGAAGCUUAGUUUCUUUCCCAUUUCUUCCCUCUCUGGCCUUUGACACAAAUCUGGUAGAGAGAAGCCUGAUAAAUUGACCACACUUGUUUUUUCUCCCUGUGCACCAGAAAAUUCGUGGAGAGAAAUGCAAGGAUUAGCAAAGCGGCCAAAUGGCCAGGUUGGCCGGUGGCAGGUGGGCGGGCAGGCAGGCGGCCUGGGGCUCAGCCUUCGUUCUGAGGGCCUCAUCGCCUCGCUGGAAGCUUUUUAUUUUAAAUACCAUUUGUGAAUGUUCCAGAGGGAGGAUCCUAAGAGCCUAAAGCUUAGAUUUCCAAAGAAAGGUAUUUAAAUUUAUGUAGAUUGGUGCUGUACAAUAUUUUGAUAAAUAUUAAUUUAUUUUGUUGGGGUUUUGGUUGUCUCCUGUGUUCUUGGGGCCUGUUAGCUAUUUGUUUGCUUGGUCUGUUAUUUUUCCACAUGGGCAGAGAGAAUUUGAGGGAAAGAGGGUGUCCAAGAAGGGUAGAGAGGAUUUUGGUUUUUUUUUUACUUUAACAUCUCUUUUUGGCUGAAAUUUCUGUGCAAGACAGUACCCCGCAGACUGUGUUUACACUUGCUAUUUCAGCUGGCAGCAUACAGCAUUCUACACACUGAAAGGUGUUUCCCCUACAAGGCUCUGGGAUAGAGAACAUCCUGGCAGAUGUGAGUCUCUCCCUUCUCCCCUUCCUCCUCCCCACCCCUCCUCCUCCCCCUCCCCUCCCCCUCCCCCUCCUCUCCCUCCCUCCUCCUCCUCCUCCUCCCCCUCACUUAGCCCAGAGCUGGAAAGUGCUGCCCCAGAGGCUCAGGCCCCGUGAGGAGAGGCCCCCACCCCCGGCCACGGUGGAGCCUCCCCCAGGAAAGGACAUCUGAGGUGACACAGACACGUGGUCACUGUGCUUUUAUUGAGAAUAGUGUUUGUACAGUUGCCAGGGGUUUUCCCUUCUGUGCAUGAGGCAGUGAUGUGAGGGGCGGUAUCUUGGGUGAGCACUCGAUCUUAAUAGACUUUCUCAUCACACCCCUCGUUCCUGCCUCUGAAAUACACACACACACACACACACACACACACACACACACACAGGCAAAAAGAAAACCCACCAGAAGUGCCCAACAGUUUCACAUCUCUCAGCACCCCCCCAAACAAGAAUAUGAUUCUCCUGUGACGCUCAGAUACUUGGCCAGUGUUUGCCUACAUAGUCAGAAAUCCCACAUUUCCAGAGACACACCCUUUGGGAGUGGUGUCCACUUUUAUUUGUGCCCCCAUCCCAAAUAUUCCCACAGGAAAGACCCAUUUGUGCUAAGUGAGUAGGUGCCUUCCUGCCCCUGGGGGCCCUGUCCUGCAUGUUUGCGUGACCUGGUAGAAACACGGAGAAGCCAACAGCAGGGCCCCCAGGCCUCUGCCAAAGAGUAGGGGUGAAGGGGGUCUCCAGGGAAGCACCCAGGCCCUGGGGGCAGGUGAGACAGGCACCCACUUCUUGGGGGGACCUUGGGCGGGAGAUUGGGCCUCUGUACACCCCCAGCCCCCAGCUGCUCAGACCCCCUCACCCCACCUUUGGGCCAGAUUUGUUUUUCCAAACCAAGAGGGAGGAGUGGUUGAGCCAUCUUUUCCAGGCCGCCUUGGAGACUGCAAAACAUAGGUGUUGUCAGAACCCCUCACAGCUCCCCCACUUGGUUUUCCAUUGACUCUCAUCUGUCAGGCCAUCAACCACCUGGUCCAUGUGGCUGAGGCUGGGGUUGGACACCAUGGGCCUCCCACCUCCUGUGUGUCCACAGGCUUCUCCGCCCACCCUGAGCUUCUGAGGCCCUGACACGCUUCCUCCUUCACCUGUGGCACGCCUGUGUUCACACCUGGAUAAGGCACUCGGCCUAGCUGGACUCGUGGCCAAGAGUGUGCUGCUAUUCCCGAGUGGGGGUGGGGAGGGCGGUGGGAACUCGGGUUAUACCGGAUCUCCCCCAACCCCACCACAGAGCAGCCUUCUGAGGUGACAAGGUUUUGCUGUCUCACAGCCUAACACUGGAGACAGAGCUAUGAGUGAGGACAGGGUGGGAGGCUGGGUUCCUUGGGUGAGUGUGGGCGUGCCUUAGACCCCACCCUGACUACAGGUGAGCUCGUGGGCAUUUUGGGGGCCUCACUGCUGGAGAAAACCUGCCUGGCCCUGUGCCAGGAGCCGUCUUUUCUUAUUUGAAUGUCCCGCUUUUAUACGUCUAACAAGAGCCGAUUGUUCUGUUGGCACCCAAGAGCCAUCCCCAUGAAGAGGAGUAGCGCGGGAUCUUGGCGCCCGGCUCCAUGACCGGUGUGUUGUAGGAUGGAUGGAGAGGUGUGUUUGUGGGCACAUGCACGCUCUGCUGGGUGUACGUAGGUCUGUGAUGCUUGUGUGCAGAACUGUUACAGAGUUUACUUCAGGUGGAACUAAAUAUAUUUUAUGUGUAAUUGUUAUGUAUAAUUUAAGACAUAUCUGUUUGCCAUCGUAAUGAGAGUAUUGUAUGUAAGGCUCCUUAGAGCGAGAUGUACAUUUUGUCAGACUCUUGCGGACUUUUUUUUGGUAAUGAAAUGCUUUAUUGAUCCAGUGGUGCAAGAAGCUACACUCCGUAUCUCGUCAUCAUAGUUAGGAUGCCUAAUGGAUUUUAAGGCAAAAAAAUAGGUCAACUAAAUUUCACAGUCGUCACUAGAACCCAGAGUCUUUCAGUGCCUGCUGCUUCACGGAGCAGCUGUGGUCUCUUUCAAGAGGGACGUGGUCCGGCCAGGGGACUCAGGGCACAGUCAUCGUGGGGCCCUCCUGGAUCCCCCUGUGUGUGUGUUGCACUGCGGCUGAAAGACCUCGGCUGUGAAGUUCGAAUCGAUUUUCUCAGGGUAUGAGCGUGUCCAGCAGGGUCAGGAAACAGGGCUAGCAAGAAGCAUUCAGACUUUGUUAAUUUAUUAACGAAGUAUAUGAUACUGUGUUUCUUGAUGACAAACUUUUUAAGUUUGGGACUUAUUUUCCCAUCUGAGAAGUUAUAUAUUUAAAAUAAGUUUCCUCCUUAAGUUGUGCCUUUCAGCGUCAGUGGGUUUAAGGAACACAAAGCGUGGUGAUAUCAAUGAGGGUUGGUUUAUUAUCAAAUCUGAACUAGUUGUGGUUUUUCCAGUAAACUUUUUCUUCUACUGACCAAGGAGCCAUUAUUAAGAGAAUUGUGUUUUUUAUUAUGUAAAUUGUAUAAUAUUUUUUGCUUGUUUGAUGUUCUAUUUUUCUAAUAGUUUUCUUAUAGUUGCUUAUAAUUGUGAUACUAGAUUUAGAUUCUGAAGCUAACUGCAAAUCAGGUUGGUCUCUGCUGGUCCCUCCUGUUUUGUUUAUUUUAAGGACAGGCAUAGGUAUCAUCCAUCGCCUUUAAAAAAUGUGAAAGGCUGUGCUGUAUCCCAUUUUUGCUGAGAACACUGUACAUUGACAACUUCCUACCAUACUUUACAUUGUAAAAUCAAACUAUUUUGUGGUACAUUAUCUCAUGCUUCCGCAAAUUCUAAUAAAUCCUGUCUGUGGCUUCAGUGUG